UUGGGCAGGCGUGAGAGAGCAGCAUGCGGUGCGAGCGAGAUAACCGCAUGUCGCCUGCAGUAAAUGAUUUGUGAAACGUUUUAUGCAUAAUGAAGUUGGUCAUCGUCAUCGCUCAAUCUCGAUAAAAAAACAGCUGCUUGCAGCUUCCGAUUGUUUACACACUGUUUAAAAAAAGCUCGACAAAACGGCAUGUGCUAAAGCGCGAACGAAAAACCCUCCCGCGAAACAAUAGAGCUUCGUCACACAUACACGCAAGCACACAACGGAACUGUAGCGUAUUUACUGCGGCAUCAACGCUAGAACCGACAAGGGGAAGGAGAGAGAGAGUCGAUGUGUUGUGUUGUGCUGUGCCAAGAAUCGGUGUCCCAUUCGGGGUGACAAACGGGGGAAAAGAAAGUUACCAAAUUCCCUGCCGUCAGUGACCAACUUUCUCCCGAACGGGGUCGGAGCGGGACCAACCGACGGAGGAGCAAAGCAAUCCUACCGGGUCCGAGACGAGCGCGAUGUGCGUUUCGUAAACAAACAGUGUGGGUUUGCUGCAGAAGCAUCUGCAGCUGCAUCAUUCGGCCACAUCGAUCCAGCGGCCAGCAUAAAUGUGUCGUUACCAUUGUUGCCUUGCCCUCCACCAUCCAGUGCAGCCGACGGAUGCGCUCGUUUGAAUGAAACAGAGGGCCACAGUUCGUCGAUCCCUUCACUAAAUUGCGCCGCCACCUCGGACCAGCUCAACCGAUCGGGCAGGCGGUCAUUGUGUAUACCUGCGGUCGUCUGCUGCCUAUGGCUGCUGUGGUGCUGACGCUCAAAACCAUUGCCGUGAUACGGCCACCAUCAUUAGCACUACUAGUGCCAUCCAGUCGAUCCAGAUCUGUACUCGAGUUCUAGCACCCACAGUGAGGGAGUUAGUUUUGUGCAACAGUGUCAUUAGCAGGCGCUGUACGAACGCGGGAUAGUGAGUGCGCGAGGCAGGCGGGCUGAGGGCCCUAGCAUCACGAUGGACGGUGCAAAGGACACAGAUGAUGAGGAGUGUGUCCAUCCGCGGGUCAUCAUUCACAUCGACAUGGAUUACUACUACGCCCAGGUGGAGGAAGUGCUCAACCCUUCGCUCAAGGAUAAACCGUUCGCGGUGAAGCAACGCUUUUGCGUAGUGACCUCGAACUACAUCGCGCGCGAGAAAGGCAUCAAGAAGCUGCAGCCGGUGAAGGAAGCGCUCGCCGCCUGUCCCGAGCUGGUGCUGCUCAACGGCGAAGACAUUACCAAGUACAAGGCGAUGUCGGUGCGGAUCAACGAAAUCAUGCACCGGUUUACGCCGCACGUCGAGAAGCUCGGGCUGGACGAAAACUAUCUCGACGUAACGGAGCUGAUCGCGGAACGGCUCGAACAGCUGGAGGGGGCCGGGGACAGUGCGGCGCUGGCAAAGCUAGACUUUGUGCAGGGGUUCAUACACCCGCCCCGGACCGAUGAAUCGAGCGCGCUCGACCCACCGUCCCACCGGGAGACGGACCGCGACCUGUUCCGGCGCUGUUGCUGCUGUGGCUGUGAUCGAAGACUGAUACUGGCGACGCACCUGGCCCAGGAGAUACGGGACAGCAUAUUCCAGGAGCUGGGGCUGCGCUGCUGUGCCGGCAUCGCGCACAACAAGCUGCUGGCCAAGCUGGUCGGUGCCGUCCACAAGCAGAACAAACAGACGGUGCUGCUGCCCACGCACGCGACCGCGUUCGUCGCGUCGCUCGGUUCGGUGCGCAGCCUCACCGGGAUCGGGGAGAAGACGGCCCAAACGUUGGCCGACAGCUGCGGCAUUAGCACCGUCACGGAUCUGCAGUGCAUCGAGCUGGAUCGGCUCACGAAACAUCUGGGCUACGAGCAGGCCGUCCGGCUGAAGCAGCUUGCCCUCGGGCGGGACGAUACGGUCGUGCGGCCGACGGGGAAACCGAAAUCCGUCGGCCUGGAGGACUCCUGCCCCUCCAUCUCGGUGCGGGCGGAUGCGGAGGACAAGUUCCGCCACCUGUUGGUGCGGUUGGUGAAAAACAUCGCGGACGAUGGCCGGGUACCGAUCGCGAUCAAGGUGACCGUGCGCAAGUACGACCUGGCGAAGCGGACCACCCACCGGGAGUCCAAGCAGGACAAGCUGCUGCCCUCCAUGUUCCGGCACGUGGGCGGCCGGCUCGUGCUGGCGGACGGUGCGCAGGAGAAAAUUCUCACCAUCGUGAUGAAGGUGUUUGAGCGCAUGGUGGACCUGCGGCAGCCGUUCAACAUAACGCUGCUCGGGCUGUCGUUCUUCAAGUUCCAGGAGCGGCGCAUCGGCAGCAAAUCGAUCGCCAACUUUCUGAUCAAAAAGUCCGACAUCGAGGUGCAGUCGAUCACGAACCUGAGCAACGAGUCGAUCACGCUCAGCGACAUCAGCUUCUGCUCGAACAAGUCCGCCCUGUCGCUGUCGGCGAUGGACUGCGAGCCGUGCUGCUCGUCCGACGCCGGUUCGGUCGCGUCCCUGUCCGGCUCGGAAUCGGACGCGGAACCGUCGCCGAAGAAAUCGCGCCGGCUGCUGUUCUGUCAGGGCCGGCGGCCCGCAAGCACACAGGACCGGCACUACGGCAACAGCGAACCGGACGAAACGACGCUCAGCAAGCUGCGUGUCGCCGAUCUGCGCCUGAAUUCCAAAGAGUUCGAUCAAGAUGCCCAUCCGUCCGGCGGCACCACAGCGGUUGCUGCUGCCUCGUCUUCGCCGUCGUCCGGUGCACCGAUGGACGUUUCCACCACCAGCAGCACGGCCGCAACAACAGCAGCGAAGCAAACGUCCUUCUUCCGCGAGCGAAUUGCGACCGACGCAUCAUCAUCAUGCACGGUGCUCCGGCCAGCAGCAGGCGCGUCGAACGAUUGCAGCAUGGCAACCGCGGCUGGCAGCAGCAGCAGUAAGAUGGAGGUCAGCGUAUCAUCCCCCUCUGCGGCGGGGUGCGAUCGUGGAGCAAGUGGGGACCAUCAACAACACCACCAUCACCACCACCACCACCACCACCACCACAGCCACUACCAGGGCGAGCAGAAGAAUCAUCAUAGCAAAAGUACAAAUCUCCUUCCGCCUAGCGUGGAUCCGGAAGUGUUCCAUGCGCUGCCGGCGGACGUCCAGCAGGAGCUGCUCGCUAACUGGCGACGAGCGAACGGUGCCGGCAUGCUGGUGACGGCCGGCGGUAGUUCCAGCGCAGCGGGAAUGGCUCCCUCCAGCAAACCGAACCUGCUGGGGCCGGGCGCCAGUGGGAGCCCAAACAGUACUCACAGCAACAAUUCCACCACUAAUAGCAGCAGUAGUAGCAGCAGCAGCAGUAGUAGUAAUAGCAGUGCCCCUUCCACGAACGCUGCCACGACGACCGGUAAGGGUAGCGCUAAAAACACUUUACAUCGCUACUUCGUUAAAAACACGUAGCAUCGUUAUCUCGUAUUAACUGUCGCAUCUUAAUAGUAUAUAUAUACAUCGAUACGUGGUGUGUCCUUUUUUCUCUCUUUUGUUUCAUAUCGAUGGUAAACACACUGCAAACAUACGUCCGCGAAACGUCCGGUCAUGGCACGGCCCGCACACACGGUGUACGGACGGAGCGCAGGGACAGUGUUGGUUUUAUCGCUUAGAGUAACACGUUCUUGAGUUGAUUUGUUUGUUUCAUUGUUUUGUUUCGUUUUUUUCGGCAAAUUUGGCGCUCUCUAUUUCGUUUACACCGUUACACCGAACCACUCUACACGGCCGGCGAGUGUUUUAAAUUCUCAAUCGGAACAUAGGCGAAGAAGUACUGUUCUUAUCGUAAUCGUUUUUUGAUUUUUAGUUUUCCUUAUAGUGUGUGGUGAUUUAUGAGUUAAGCUUUUGCGGAAAAGAUGUACGUUAUGUGUUGUUACCUUUUAUACGUUUGCCGAGGCUACUACUACUGCCCCCAACGCUCUCUCUCUAACGGAGGAGACGAAAGACGUUGGUGGCGAUUUAAUUUCUUAUGCAACUGUUUGCGUUUUGGUUUUAAUUUUUGUUUGCUUCUAUUUUUCCGUUCUUCUUUUCCCUACAACUUCAUUUUUCAUCGUUCUGUACAUACUUACAUUACUGAGCAAAGCAUUUUACCGUACACAACAAAGCCACUUCGGUUUGCCUUUCACCCAUUUAUCAGCAACAAUCAUUUACAGCAACUUAAAACCAUUCCCGCCUAAGAGGAGAGAGAGAAAGAGAGGGAGGUAGAAGAGAAUUGAGAGAAUAUAAUGUUUAAUAGUGAAACAAAUACAGAAUAACAAGUUGUUAAACCGAUCAAA